GGCAGUAUCCGGGCCUCUCGCAGUCUGGUCCGGCACACCAUGAUGCAGCACACCAGCGUCUGCCGUGAGCUGGCCUCACGCAACAUCAAACUUGGCCUGAAGACCUGCCAACUGGUGCUGUCAUUGGGCUGCUUUGUGGGAAUGGUGCUGUCGCCACAGCAGCCGGCAGAACCUGCUCUGUUCUUCACCACGUUUGGUGGCUACAUCAUCAUCUGUGCAGUCUCCAUCGUUGGCGUUGUACGGCGAGCAUUAAUGCCAAAAAUAUGUGAUGUAUCAUUCUCUCUGGUGGGAGUGGUCCUGAACUGGGCAUCUGGUGGAAUUCUGAUAGCUGAAAAUCGGGUUGAUGAUCACAUGCAAGUAACAAUGGCAUGUGGUGCUACUGCAGUGAUUAACUCCUUUGUUUUCCUUGCUGAUGCUAUUAUUGUCUAUAAGGACAUUGCACCUUACCCACAGUACUAACAAUCUAGUUAUUUCAUAAUAAUGUACACUGAUCAUGGUGUGUGUGACAGUGAAACAAUAUUUCAUCAUUUUCAUACAACUUUUUUUAGUUGUGAUAUCUCAACAAUUUUAUUCUUGUCUGAUCACACCUUAUAACGUUUUUUAAUAAGAUAAAAUAAUACAUGGCAAUGCAGAUUUAUUCAGAAUAAAUUCAUCUUUCUUUCCAACGUAAAAUACAUUCCACUUAACAACAUUUGUGGUUGAGACACACACUACAGAGAUCAGCAACAAUACUGUGUUCACACUUAAAUAAUAAAUCAAAAAUUCUUUAUUUUAAAACUGCAUUAUAGAAUGAAGACACGUCUUUGUCAAUAGAAUACUUUUUUCAUGAGAACCGAUGUGUAUAUCUACAUCGGUCAUUAUAACACAAGAUGAUGAUAAAUGCACCAACUCACACUGCAGCCAAAAUGACUGAAUAUACAUUCUUGAUGAGCAACAACAAUUACUUUUUGAUAACCAUGUUCAAUCUUCAUUCUUUAUUAAAGUCUCAGAAAAGAAUAUUUAUAGCAUCAGAUAUUACAUGUUAAAGAAACUUUCAUUCGGAAUAAUAGUGAUUAGAAUGCUACAAAGGAAUAAAAUAUAAAACAUGUUAAGUUUUAAUCAAAUAACGACU